AUGUAUCGAAUGAUACGGCUGAACGAGCUUGAUCGUGACUUGCUUAAAGUCUUGUGGAGAUGGACUAAUGAGGAAUGCAUUAAGGAAUAUCGUCUAAAUACCGUCACCUUCGGAACAAAAAGUGCAUCAUAUUUGGGUACAAAAUGUGUGCAGCAGCUUCUAGAGUCGUUUCGACAUCAAUAUCCUGUAGCUGUAGAGAAAGCGGAAAAGGGCAUUUAUGUCGAUGACAUUCUGACUGGUGCUUCGUCAGAGGCAGAAGCAAAAAACUUACGGCUGCAGUUGACUGAAAUCUUUGCUGCCGGUGGAUUUCAUCUCCGGAAGUGGGCGUCAAACAGCGCAGAAGUUUUAGAAGGGGUUCCUGACGCCGAUUUAAAAGUGAAAAUUCCCAUUGAUGAGAAUCCAAACAGCACCAUCAAGGCUCUUGGAAUGCAGUGGCAGCCGUGCAGCGACGAGUUCCAUUUUUCAUACCAGCCAACCGAGAUCCUUCAGCCCACAAAGCGAAUCAUUCCAUCGCAAAUAGCCAGCCUUUUCGACCCGCUUGGCCUCAAGGCAAAGCUGGUAAUGCAGCGAAUGUGGGAGCUGAAGGUGGCUUGGGAUGCGACUCCCCCCGGUGAGUUAACCAAAGGUUGGUUAGUUUUGGUGCAAAAGUUUUCGCUUUUCAACUCUUUUCAGAUUCCGCGAAGAGUGAUCGACAUGCGAAAUUGGUCUCGUCUCUACCUGCACGGCUACUGCGAUGCAUCCGACGUAGCAAUGGGUGCUUGCAUAUACAUCCGAGCCAUAAGCGAUGACAACAGAACUUCGUCCCAUCUUCUCUGUGCCAAAUCGAAACUGGCACCAAUAGGCAACAACAGAAUGACCAUACCCCGAUUGGAAUUACGUGCAGCAGCCAUUCUCGCACGGCUGAUAUCAAAUGUGAGAGAAGCUCUUUCUUCUACUACUUUCCACGAGAUUCGGGCUUUCUCCGAUUCCAAAGUUGUUUUAGCAUGGCUGGCAGGGGGUGCUGCAAGAUGGAAGACCUUCGUGGCGAAUCGCGUGGCAGAGAUCUCGUCACAUCUACCUUAUAUCAACUGGGCUCACGUAGGCACUCUCGACAACCCAGCUGAUCUGGUAUCGCGGGGUGUAUUUCCCGAUCAACUUCAAGCAAACUCUCUUUGGUGGCAUGGACCAAGCUGGGAGGCAACGACGAUAAAUUGCGAAUCAUCUUCAAUCGACAAUCUCAAUACAGAUGGUUCUGGAUCUUACGCGGCAUUAGUGCCGCUCGCAAGGUGUAUCGUGAUUGUUUAA